AUGCGCGUGCUUUUGACUCACCUUCUUUUCCUGACUCUUUUGGGUAUCUCUUUAGCCCUUCCUUAUGCACCUUUAAACCAUCGUCAUCAUAGGCGCAAUGGAAACGAUAUUACAACUUACGAAACGGUAAUAAAAAGAGUGCAUCUUACUGUAAACGCCAACGGCACAUACCCUGUUACUUCCUAUCAGACGACUCCCUCGUCUUCAACCAUCUCUAGCAGCUUUGCUACCACUCCUUUCUUUAAAAUGAAUGCUACUACUUCUGCUCCAUGGAAUAACGAUACCAUUUCUGCCACUUCCACUUCUGCUGCUCCCAAUGUUGCUUUGGACAAGAAUAUUUCCACUCCUGUUGCUUCCUCUUCUGCCGAGGCUGCUCCUACAUCCUCUGCUAAUCCACAAGCUACAUCUGUACAAGCUGCUCCUACAUCCUCUGCUGUUCCACAAGCUACAUCUGCACAAGCUGCCCCUGCUUCUUCAUCUAGCAGCAGCACUCCUGUUAUUUCCAGCGAUGCUCCCCUUCCUUCUAGCAGCAUCAAUGUCCCCGUUGGCAACGCAGCAAUGGCUAACACCUUUAGUUCUAGCUCCCCUGCUUCUAGCUCUAGCCCUACCUCUGCUUCUAGCUCUGCUUCUGCCACACCUUCCGGUCAAAAGUCUUCUAAGCGUGGUUUGGCAUGGAUUGGCGGCACCGAUCCAUCUGUUGCUGACAUGUUCAAGGGUGUCGCUAGCUGGUAUUAUAACUGGGGUUCUCAAGCUUCCAACUUGGAUCCUUCUUUUGAAUUCGUCCAAAGCCAACAUUCUGCAGAUGGUAUCCAAAGUGCAUCUUCUGCUUAUACUAAUGGUGCUACCGUAUUUGGCUUCAAUGAACCUGAUCUUUCUAACAUGGACGCUGGUCAAGCCGCUUCCUUAUACAAGCAAUAUUUAACUCCCCUUCGCCAAAGCGGCAGCAUUAAGUCUCUUGGAUCUCCUGCUAUCAGCAAUGUUGGUGAGAACUGGCUUAACCAGUUUAUGCAAUCUUGCUCCGAUUGCAAUAUUGAUUUCAUUGUUGCUCAUUGGUAUGGUACCGGUGCUGACCAACUCAAAGGUUUGGUCAAUAGUUUGUCCUCUACCUACAACAAGCCUAUUUGGGUCAGUGAGUUUGCUUGCACAAACUGGGACGUUUCCCAGUUGCCUAGCUUGGAUGAUGUUUACAAAGUCUUUGAGGAAACCAUCGAGUUUUUGGAAAGCAAUGACGCUGUUGAGCGUUAUGCUUGGUUCGCUCCUGCUGCUAAUCUCGGAUCUUCUGUUGGUGAGAACAACGCUUUGGUCACCGCUGCUGGUAAGCUCAGUGGUCUCGGUUCUAAAUAUCUUGGUAUCUAA